UGAGAGGCCACGUGCUCGCCCCCCUUAGGAGGUGGGAAAAAUCCCUGCAGCUCCGUUUUGUUCCAAUGGUCUGUUCAGUGAGUGAUUCCCGUUUCCCCAAAGGCUGCCCCUCAUUAGCAUGAACGGGGGUGGGGGUGUGGAGAAGGGGUGGGGGGAGAGAAAGAGCAAAAGCCCAGGCUCAGUUUUAGAGCCUGGGAACCGUGUCUACAAACAUGACAGCUAGAGCUUUCUGGCUCCUCUGUUUGAUCGUUGGAUCAUCUCCCGAAGCCCCAGUGGCGGAGAGAAAAGCCUCGUCGCCCCACAACAGGAAGCCCGACCCCGGCGGCGCCCCGAGCGCGGAGGAGACACCGGGACCCCGGGCGCAGCCGGUCCCCGAAACCCAACGGCGGCCGCGCGCAGCCGACGCCGCUCCCCGCGCCUGGUCGGACCUGCGGCGCCGGAAGCCCCCCACGCCCGCCGAGAACCGGGCCGGCUUCCGGGAGGCGGCGCGCGCGGCCGCCGACCAGCCGAGCCCGCGCCUCGCGCAGGCCGAGAACCGCGCGUCACCGCGCCGCGUGCCCGCGCUGGACGACUCCCCGCGGCGCGCUCGCUCCCGGCACCUGCGCCUCCCGGCCGCGCGGGCUCCCGCGCGCGCCGCCGAGGCCCCCGCCGACCCCGCCUACCUCAACCGGCCGCGCGCCGCCGCGCCGCUCCCGGAACCUGCGCCCGCGCCGCCGCCGCCGCGCCCGCCGCGGACGGAGGACGCCGAGCCAGGCGCCGAGCCCUGCGCGCGCGCCUGCGGGGCGGACCUGGACGUGCGCGAGUCCUACUGCGCCAGCGAGUUCGCAGUGAACGGAAUCGUGCAUGAUGUGGACGUGCUCGGCACAGGGAUCCGGCUGGUGACUCUGCUGGUGGACCGGGACGGGCUGUACAAGAUGAGCCGCCUGUACAUCACUCCGGACGGGUUUUUCUUCCGAGUCCACAUAUUAGCCCUGGACUCCUCCAGUUGCAAUAAGCCAUGUCCAGAAUUUAAACCUGGCAGCAGGUAUAUUGUGAUGGGCCACAUCUAUCAUAAGAGAAGGCAGCUACCUACAGCUCUGCUUCAGGUCCUGAGGGGGCGCCUCCGACCCGGAGAUGGACUAGUCAGGAGCAGCAGCAGCUAUGUGAAAAGAUUUAACCGAAAAAGGGAUGGGCAAGUGCAAGGAGCAAUUCACACCCAAUGCAUGUGAAACAUUCCAGCCCGGCUCUUCUGGUUCCUCAAGAGACUUGGAUUUCAGCAACAAGACGCGAAAGGCCUAGCAUCACGUCAUGGGGUUUUUCCCUUAGAAUAGGGCACACGGCUCCUUUAUGAACUAGUUGUGAAGUGCUGACUCCAAUCUUGAAGUGGUCACUUUUUUAUUUACACAAUGCUUCUUAAAUGGUAGGCUUCUGAGCUCCAGUGGUAAAGUUAUUCAACUGUAGUGCCAGUUAUUCCCACAGCCCAGAUAACUGACCUGUCCAGUUAACAGAUCACUGCUUCGUGUUGUUUAUGUUAAUUAUUUUAAUUUAAAUACAUUCUUGAGUAGAAAUAGUUCACAAAAACAUUUCCUCGGUUUUAAAUAUACAAUUGUUGAAUAGUUUAUAUCAUGUAUCAAACCAAAUUUUAUACUAAAACCGUCACAUUUUGAAUUCUGUACAUAACAGUAAGUGCACUAGUCAGACGUAGGACAUGUCAGAUCACGUUUAGAUCAAACACACAAGUCACAGCCCGAGACAAGUAUUAAAGCUUUACACCUAAAGAGGACUGAUGGGCUUAAUUCAGGCAAACAAGUGUUUGUUCAAACAAAUGUUCCUGAUGUACCAAAAUAUAAGAUAGUUUAUUUCCAUGCCUCCCUGCUUCAAAAAUCAUGUUUUGUGCCAUACUGGCAGCUAUCUCAGUGCCAAACAUUCUGGGUGUAUCUGAUGUCAUUUUUCUCUUAAGACCAGGUAUCAUGUUUGUGUUUGUAAAGCAGUAAAUCUUGCCUUGAAAUCAGAUCUUGGAUGCAGCUGUUUUUUUAGCUUCACGGAGCCCCAAAAAGUUUGGGGGAAAAAAAGCAUUUCUCAAACGUACUCCCAAAACUCUGGAACUAAUAUUUAAUAAUGGCUUGCAAGCAUGUGAAUUUCAAACAUUUUCCAUUUGGCUUGAAAAGAUUUAAUCACUAACUGACUUUAAUAUUGAUUUUAUACCUGAGUCCACAAAGACGUUACUUUUUUCCGAAGACCAAGCUGUGCUUCAGUUAAUAUGAAACUGUGAAUAAAGACACUGAUAAUCCAUG